AUGCCCAAAGAUUACAUCACCCGACUCGUCUUCGACCGCACCCACCUCUCCCUCGCUUUCAUCAAACAACAACAACAACCUCACCCCCACAACGAGAACCCAGAAGUCCUCGGCGGCAUCACAUUCCGCGAAUUCCGCACACGGAAAUUCGCCGAAAUAGUCUUCUGCGCUGUGACCUCCCACCAACAAGUAAAAGGGUACGGCGCACACCUGAUGGCCCAUCUCAAGGACUACGUCCGCGCCACAGGGCCAGUCAUGCAUUUUCUCACGUACGCAGACAACUACGCGACAGGGUAUUUCCAAAAACAAGGAUUCACGAAGGAAAUCACCCUGCCGAAGGCAACUUGGAUGGGAUAUAUCAAGGACUACGUAGGCGGGACACUAAUGCAGUGUUCGAUGCUGCCUAAGAUCCGAUACCUAGAGGUCAAACGUAUGCUACUCAAGCAAAAAGAAACAGUCUUAGCGAAAAUGCGCGCAUUGAGCAGGAACCAUAUCGUCCACGCACCGCCUAAACAAUGGAAAAUGAAAAUCACACCCAUAACCAAUCCCCUCUCUAUCCCCGCCAUCCUCGCAACAGGCUGGUCGCCAAGCAUGGACGAUUUCUCGCGCGAACACCGCCGCCACGGACCCCAGUUUAAUGAGAUGCGACGGUUCCUCAAUGAGGUCAGGAAUCAUAAGCAGGCGUGGCCGUUUCUGAGUCCUGUGAGUAGGGACGAAGUGCCGGAGUAUUAUGAGGUGAUUGAGCAGCCGAUGGAUUUGGGGACCAUGGAGGAGAAGUUGGAGAGGGAUGAGUAUGAGGGUCCGGAGCAGUUGAUAAGGGAUUUGAAGUUGGUGUUGGGGAAUUGUAGGUUGUUUAAUGAGCAGGGAACGGUGUAUGUUAAGUGUGCUGGGGGGUUGGAGAGGUUUGUGAGGAGGGUGGUGGGGGAGAUGAGUGGGUGGGAGGGGUUGCUUGAUUGA